UCCUUGAACCAUUGAUAAACUAAAAAUCAUUCUUUUCUUGAUUUCUGUUUCUUUUAGUCGUAUAAGAAGUAUUUAUUUUAAAUUAUGUAAUAAAUUCUGGCAUCAAAAAUGGGUGUUUGGCGUAUGUUGAAUCAGAAUACGCCCAUAAUUCUAAGUAUAAUAUUAGGUUUGUCUUUGAGUUUCUUGGUGACAAGGUAUUUGAAUGAGAACUGUCAGGUCGGUUCGUUGUUGGACGUACAGGACAACGCUCUGAGGUCCGAUGAGUUUGAACCCAAGAUCAACUUUGCCGGCAAGCCGCAAAGGGCGAAGAAAGUGCCGAAGAACCUGGUCCGACCGAGGUACUACUCGACAGAGCUUGGUAUCAGGCAACGGUUAUUCAUGGGUGUGAUGACUACAGAGAAGACUGUCGGCUCCCUGGCUUUGGCGGUGAACAGGACCUCCUUGCCGUACUUGAACAAAAUUAUGUUCUUCCUGGAUGCUGUCGGAGCGGAGAACGCCAGAGCAUCCGAUCUGAAACUACCCGGCAUCAUUGGGUUCAAAGAUACCAAAGAGAAUCUAAAGCCGUUUCAUGUCAUUAAAUACCUGACGGACAACUUCUUGGAAGAAUUUGACUUUUUCUUUAUUUCAAAAGAUACCACCUAUGUCAAUGCAAGACAGCUUGAAACUAUCAUAAAGAAAAUAAGCGUGAGCGAACACAUUCAUGCAGGAGGCAAGCCGGCUGGUGAAGGUUCUCCAUUUUGCUCUCUAGAUGGAGGAAUUUUACUUAGUAAUUCAGUUCUUAAAAAAAUACGUCCAUCACUCGACUGGUGUGUCAAGAAUUCUUUUUCCGAUUCUCACGAUGCUAACGUCGGCCGUUGCAUCCUCCAUGCUUCGCAGCUGCCUUGUGUACAAAUGGUUCAAGGAAAUGUUUUUGAGAGUGUUUUCUUGAAACCGGAAGACGAAAGCCGACUCGAAAGCCUGGACUUGGGCUCAAGUUUGAGUUAUUAUCCCAUAUCUGAUCCAAACGUUUUUUACAAACUCCACAUGAUGUUUUGCAAGAAACAUCUUUUACAAGUCCGAGAUGAACUAGCAAGGCUUGAGGAAAAGUUCGAUAAGAAAGAUUCGGCCUGGCCACCAGGCAGUUAUCCACCAAUGACACCCCCGACUAGAUUUGACCUUCUCGCCUGGCAACAUUUUGACCUGGACAAUAUCUAUCUACCGUCUGAUUUUCAAAACUAUAAACCCUUGAUUGGGCCAGACCGUCAGGAUAUUUUGAAUGCCCUGAACAAAUCAGUGGACUGGGUAAUGUCCCGCUAUCCCAGUGAACUUCACUUCAGAAGACUGGUCAACGGCUACAGGAGGUUCGAUGCGUCUAGAGGCUUAGACUACAUACUAGAUCUCGGAUUCAAAGACAAUACUGGGAAGGAAGUAGUAAAAAGAAUAGAGGUGAGCAAGCCUUUGGGAAAAGUAGAACUGCUCCCAAUGCCCUAUGUCACUGAGAGCACCAGGAUAUUCAUGCUCCUUCCUGUUCAGUCGAAUGACAAUCAACCGGCUUCAGAAUUUAUGAAGAAAUAUUCUAAUACCUGCUCACAGACAGAUCUUACAUUUUUACUCCUUAUUUUGCUUUAUGAGCCAAGAGCACCAGGCAAAGGACACGAAGCAGAUGUGUUUAAAGAAAUCAAAGCCCUGGCGACAGAUUUAAGCUCUAAAAAGCACAGGGAUUGUAAAAUCGCUUGGAUUUCAAUAAGGUUGCCCGAAGUUGACCACAAAGCUCCUUUGGAGGACCACUUGACGUAUUUUGCCAUGACGGAUCUCGUAAGCAAAAAGCUGUCGCAAGAAUCGCUCAUACUGUUCACAGAGCCAAAUAUGGAACUGCGUAGCGACUAUUUAAAUCGAGUACGAAUGGGAACAAUAACUGGGAAACAAGUGUACAGCCCGAUACCUUUCACCGAGUACAACCCUGAAAUAGUGUUCAGGAAUGUCUCGCAGCGGAACACUGUUUUGGAAAUCCAUAAAAAUUCUGGCCGUUUUGAUAUUGACAACACUCGUCAUUUAUCGUUUUACUUGAACGAUUAUACAGCAGCGCGUUCGAACAUCACCUACCUCCCUGUGGUAAAGAGCGACAAAGAUAUCGCCAAAUUGUUCUACUUCUACAAAGAAUCAAAAGAGACCGGCAAAGUGAAAUCUUUGUUAGAUCUGUUCUCAAGGCAGGACAUGAACGUCCUGCGUACCACCGAACCGUCUCUCAAGCUUCACAGGGCAGAUUGUCAUGAGAUUAAGACUGAUAUCAUCGGCCCGACUGAAUAUAGUCGGUGUAGUAGUCCAAUGGCGACAAGAAGUCAACUUGGCCAAAUCGUUCUAGAUUACAAAGACAAAUUAAGAACUAUGUAGUUUUAUUUAUUUAAAAAAGGCUGUAUGAAUUAGGUAAAUUAUUUUAGGCUAGUAUUUUUUUAUAAUCAAUAAUUAAAAAAAGAAAGUAGUAAAAUUU